CCGAGAGAGCGAGCGGCUGAGCGGCCGAGCGGCGGCUCCGGGGGCUCCGGGGCCUCCAUCCGGGUCCCCGCGAGCCGCAUCCGGGUCCCCGCGAGCCGCAUCCGGGUCCGCAAAGGGAAGAGGAGGAGGAGGCGGCAACGGCCCCGCGCCGCCAUGGCGGCCGCCACCAUCGUGCACGACACGUCGGAGGCGGUGGAGCUGUGCGCCGCGCUGGGGCUGUUCCUGCAGCCGGUGGCCAAGAUGAGCAUCAGCGUGGCGCUGCCCGAGGGCGCGUGGCCCGGCAAGGCCAUCUCCAACUGGGAGGUCAUGGAGCGGCUCAAGGCCAUGGUGCCCAGCCCGCCCUUCUCGGCGCUGCGCAUCGCCAAGAGCACGCUGGACUUCGUGCGCUUCGAGGGCGAGCUGGAGAACCGCGCGCUGGCCGGCGCCGUGCGCGCGCGCCUGGACGGCCGCGCCAUCCGGCUCAGCGGCUUCCCCGAGGCCCUGCGCGUGCGCGCCGCCGAGGCCCGCGCCGACGGCCCCGCCCCCGGCGAGUGGGAGGAGGCGCUGCCGGGCGAGCGGCCGGACACGCUGCACCUGCAGGGCCUGCCGUGCCGCUGGUUCGCCGAGCGCCCCGCCGCUUCCGGUGGGGGCGCCGCCGCUUCCGGUGGGGGCACGGUCGCUUCCGGUGGGGGCACCGCCGCUUCCGGAGGGGGCACUGCCACUUCCGGCGGCGCGUCCUCUACGUCCGGUGGUGGGAACCCCGCUUCCGGGAGUGGCGGCCCCACGUCCGGGACCCCCGGCGCCUCCGACCGGCCCAGCGAGCAGGUGCUGGCCCGCGUGUUCGCGGCGUUCGGCGAGGUGCGGCGCGUGGACAUCCCCAUGCUGGACCCCUACCGGGCGGACGCGGCCGGGCGCGGCGCCCACGCCUUCAGCGCGGCCGGGCAGCUGCACUUCGAGGCCUUCGUGCAGUACCGCGAGUACCCGGGCUUCCUGCGCGCCAUGCGCGCCCUGCGCGGGACCAAGCUCAUGUACAAGGGCGAGGACGGCAAGGCCGUGGCCUGCAGUAUCAAGGUCUCCUGCGACGCCACGCGGCACCUGAGCGACGCCGCCAUCCGCAAGCGGCAGCUGGAGCGGCAGAAGCUGCAGGAGCUGGAGCGGCAGCGGGAGCAGCAGAAGCGCCGGGAGCGCGAGGCCGAGGAGCGGCGGCGGGCGGAGGAGAGGCGGCAGAAGGAGGCGGCGGCCCGCGAGCGCGCACGGCGGCGGGAGGAGAAGCGGGCGCGGCGGGAGCGGCGGCGGCGACGCCGGGCAGCCCGGGCGGAGGCCGAGGCCCAGGCCCAGGCCCAGGCCCAGGCCCAGCAGCGGCUCCGGGACGAGGUCCGCACGGAGGAGCGGCGGCUGCUGCUGGCCCAGCGCAACCUGGAGUCCCUGCGGCUCGUGGCCGCGCUGCUGGGCCGCGCCAAGGCGGCCCAGGAGCGGAAGGGGGCCCUGGCGCGGCGCCGGCGGCAGGAGGCGGAGCUCCGGCGCGUGGAGGCGGAGCAGCGGCGGGCGCUGGGGCUGCAGCGGCGCGAGCGGGAGCUGAGGCUCCGCCUCCUGGGGGCGCUGCUGGGCCGCCGGCCGACGCCGCCCGAGGACUCCAAGGACGCGGACGGCGCGGGGGCCGGGGGCCGGCUGCUGGGGCCCGUGCUGGACGCCCUGCGCCGCCUCGGGGCCACGCCCUCCGCCGGAAGUGGGCGGGGCCCCGGGGACGAGAACGGAAGUGUCCCUGUAGACUCCGGAAGUGGGCGUGAGGAGAUCAGGAACGACCGGGGCUCCCAGGAUCAGACCGGAAGUGGGCCUGGAGAGGCCGGAAGUGGGCGGGAUAGUACCGGCACGGGUCAGGUCCUCACAGUAGAAACCGGAAGUGGGUCAGGUGAGGCGGGAAGUGGCCCCAAGGAGACCGGAAGUGGGCAGGGCACUCAGGAUCAGACAGGAAGUGCGACCAGGGACAGCAGUAGUGGGCGGGGCCUCUGUGAAGAGGCUGGGAGUGGCCCCAGAGUCACCGGAAGUGGGCAAAGCUCCAAAGAUGGGGUCGCUGAGAGCGGGCCGGGCGGCGCAGAGGACGGUGGGAGAGGGCGGGGCCUCAGAGACGCCGGAAGUGGGCGCAAUUCCAGAGAAGCCCCCGAGGCGGGCCGGGACCCAGACGGCGCCGGGAGGGGCCACGGGAGCGACAGCGGCGGUGGGCGGGGCCACGGCGACGACGGGGACGAAGCCAGAAGUAGGCGGGGCCACAGAGACGACCCCGGCGACUCCAGCCCCGCCCACCGCCGCCGGCGCCGGUCCCGCAGCCGCGGAGGCCGCCGGGAGUGCAGCCGGGACUCCGGGGGGCGCCAUGGCCGCUGGCGCCGCCCCUCCCCCGCCCGCCGGGCCGAGCGCUCUCGGUCCCCGCGCUCCCCGGGCCGGCGCCGCAGCUCCCGGACGCGCUGAUGGGGCCACGCCCAAUCUCCCGUGGUCACGCCCACUUACCAUGGACCUCCUGCGGCUGUGGACACGCCCCCCUGGUCACGCCCAUGGCCGUGUGGUCUCGUGAUGGACAGCUGUCACUCAGCAGGGGCGGGGCAAUAAAGAUGUCGCAGCCGCACCCGGGGCCUGUGGUUCUUGGGGGCGGGGCCUGCGGUCCAGGGUGGUGAUUGACAGCCAGGCCUGCCCCGGAUUCCUGGAAGCUGACAGGAUGACGUCAGCAGCCAGGUCCCCUGUGAUGGACAGCUGACGUCAGUGGCCCCAAUCCCAGCAGGUCCUGCCCUGAUCUGUGACGUCAGCGGCCCGAAUCCCAGCAGGUUCUGCCCUCAUCUGUGACGUCAGCGGCCCAAUGCCCUGUGGGUCACUGGGUGAGCUCAGGAAGUCCCACCCCAACCUCCUGUGAUGGACAGGCCAGAGCCAGCAGCCCCAAUGCCAGACAGGAAGUCCCGCCCUGACCCGUGACUGACGUCAAUGCCCCAUCGCCUGAUUGCAGGCUGACGUCAGUGGUCUGAUGGACAGGCUGACGUCAGUGGCCCCGAUCCCCGGUGAUUGACAGCUCAUUCAGUACUGAGGAAGUCCCGCCCCAUCCGUUUCUGACGUCAGUGGCCUCGAUCCCAGCAGGUCCUGCCCUGAGCCGACGCGAGCGGCCCGAAUCCCUGUGGUUCACAGCGUGAGCUCAGGAAGUCCCACCCCAACCUCCUGUGAUGGACAGGCCAGAGCCGGCAGCCCCAAUGCCAGACAGGAAGUCCCGCCCCCACCCGUGACUGACGUCAGUGGUCUGAUGGACGGGCUGACGUCAGUGGCCCCGAUCCCCUGUGAGUGACAGCUCCUUGAGUAUCAGGAAGUCCCGCCCACAUCCCUGAGUCUCUAAAAGCCGGGGCCGGGGCUCCGAGAGGCAGACGACGACCGCAGGGCCCCGCACACAAGAUGGCGGCCGAGCAGCUG